CGUCACAGGCAGGGUGUCCGGUCCGAGCAUCCUAUUGGUGGAAGCGGUCCCCGCGGGCCGGCGGUGACUCCUGCUCUCUGGGAGGAAAGUGUGAAGAUGGCGAAGACGUACGACUACCUGUUCAAACUGCUGCUGAUCGGGGACAGCGGGGUCGGGAAGACGUGCCUGCUCUUCAGGUUCAGCGAGGACGCCUUUAAUACCACCUUCAUCUCCACCAUCGGCAUUGAUUUUAAAAUUCGCACAAUAGAGUUAGAUGGAAAAAAGAUCAAGCUUCAGAUAUGGGACACAGCGGGGCAGGAGAGGUUCCGUACUAUUACCACAGCGUAUUACAGAGGAGCCAUGGGUAUCAUGCUUGUGUAUGAUAUCACCAAUGAGAAGUCAUUUGACAAUAUUAAAAACUGGAUAAGAAAUAUUGAAGAACAUGCCUCAUCUGAUGUUGAGCGAAUGAUCCUGGGUAAUAAAUGUGACAUGAAUGAGAAGAGACAAGUAUCUCGGGAGAGGGGGGAAAAGCUUGCAAUCGAUUAUGGAAUCAAGUUCCUUGAAACUAGUGCAAAAUCCAGCAUCAACGUGGAGGAGGCAUUUUUCACCCUUGGUCGUGACAUCAUGACAAAACUCAACAGAAAAAUGAAUGAAAGCAGCUCUCCGGGCGGUGGAGGUCCAGUAAAAAUUACAGAGAAAUCGGCAAAGAAAAGCAGUUUCUUUCGUUGUGUGUUACUUUGAUGAACUGAAGCACAGGAAGAAGAGAAAGAGAUGGACUGUGGCGCACCUGAUUGAAUGGCUUCUUGCCAACUGCAGGUGCUGCAAAAGGCCUCUGGGGAAAUGUAAACAUGCUGUUUGCUAAAGCGCCUGAUACGAGACAGUUUCUGUCAUGGAUUUCUGGAGUGGAAGAUUACAGCGGGGAGCCUUUUCCUACACACAGGAACAAGCAGACUAAUGUCAAUAUCUUAAUCCCCCCUCUUUGGCUUCAUUUUGGGUAAAGGUUAUUGUCUUUCUCCAAACCGAUCUUAUUCUGUUUCCUGUUUGGUCAUUGGUUAAGGCUGUGAUGCAAACAGUUUAUUACAGAUUUUCUUAACUGGAAGAAGCAUGGUGGCCUUACUUAUGUAACCAUUUUACAUCUGCUGUUUGCAGCCUGUGGACGUUUAGAAUGUAUUGGAACCAAAUGUUGAAAGUGACUGUCGUGGGGUAGACCAUUUUAAUAAGAUCAAAUGUAACUAUGAUGUAGGGUCACUGGCAGAUCCCGCACAACAGCAAUGAUAUAUGCUUUAAGCCGUUACAUGUGUGAAAUUUAGCCAUAUUGAAAAGUAAAUAUGAUGCACAUGAAUAGUAAUGCAGAUAGGCAAUGUAUAUUUGUUUUGUAUGACUAUGGAUAACCCAUCGGGACACUGCUUUGACCAUGCAUUUCUCUCUUACAAAAGUUUCUGUAUAGAUUUAUGGCAAUCGUCAGAUGUGACCUCUGCAUUACUGCUUCCUCACUACUCCGCUAUCCCAAAUUCCACUCCAUGAAUACACUUACAAGCUCCCUUCCCAGAUGCUAGAACUUACUUACCGCCCAUCAUGUGAUCAUGUUUCAAUGUUCAAUCUGUCUUUGUAAGUCUUUUGUCUGCUUAUAUGCAGUUGCUUUCUCCUGUUGCUGUUUAUUUGCUUUCAGCCUGUAGAUGGCAAAUUACUUAGUAGUAUUAAAAUAUAUAUAAUUUUUUUUUUUACUAUAAUCUCAAAUUAGUACUUGGUAAAAACGCUGUUUUAAUGAAGUUCAUUGGAGCAGGAGCUAAACUGUUAUCACGUGGUCCUGAGACUAUCUGCAGUAGUCGAGGAACUUCCUGACCAACGUCGUGUCUUAUUGGCUGCUUAGACCCUAUAAUGGCACGUUGAUGCUAAAUGUGUUUCUAUACUAUAGGCAGGAUUGGUGUGCCACAUCACUGGCCAGCUGUGGUCCUAUUCACAUUUCAGUGGCGCAAAACUUUUUGUUUUAUCAAAAGGGAGAACAAGAAGUCAUCUACAAAACACUCUCUAGUUGACAAAAACCCUGAAGAAUCCUAAUAGACUGCAGUAUAGAGGUUCUGUUGUUGUAAGGGACUAUUCUUAAGAGAAACCAAAGCUAGCUAGACUGUGAUUUAUACUUUUAUGUGUAUUUUCAGGCGGACGUGUUGCUUUUGAGAUUUGUAACUUGUUACUAUUCUUUUCUGUUUUAUUGUUGUUGUUUUUUUUAAUUGGAAGAUCAUUCUUGGCGAGUGACGCGAUUCAUGCCACAGCAUAAUGCAUAGAUCUGUGCAGUGCUUUGCUAUGUCAAUGCUUGAUCAACUCAUGUUCUUGAUAGGAUAUAUAUGCACUGCCUGAAAGGAUUAGGAACGAGGCCAGGGGAAACCAUACUGUAUUCCUGAAGAACAUGUGUUCAUUAUAGCCCAUCAUCAUAUUCCUUGGACUGACUUUAUUCUGUAGCUACAACACGAUUGUAUGGACUUUGUUUUCCACUCCCAAUAUUUUUUGUGUAGAUUCUGUUCUUGCUUUUUGGGAGAGAGCCCCCUAUACUGCCAUUUCUCUCACCGUUCUACAUAACUGAGCUUGUAUGAGAUAAUACCUUGGGUGACAUCAGUCUCUGUUGUAAAUUUGAAGCUGCUGAUUUUUAUGUCUUAAUUUUAUUUUGCACGUUAUUUUUGGUGAUAAAAACAAACAAAAAAAAUAUGGCUUGAAAGUAUUAAUGUACUGAUAUGCCUGUGUUCAGAAUGCAUACUUUUGCUUUUUUCUGCUUUUCCGUUUUUGUGCAUUUUCAGUAUUUUAAGAUUUUGUUCAUAAAUUAUUAACUUCUUAUGCACUGAACUGUUGCACAGUUUUCCCUUCAUUUUUCUCUUUAUAGGAAUACACUAUUUUACCGAAAUACUUGUCGUCUUUCUCCCAAGAUGUUGGGCAGAGCACAUUCUAUUAAAGUGCCAUUAGUUCUUUGUGAUAA